AUGGCGGGUCUCGGCCCCAAGGCUCUUUCACCCCAACCUCUAGAACUUCAAAACCUCACCCUUCUUCCCGUUGAAUCCUGGCUCCAUGUCUUUCUGGUUUGUGCGUGUCCUCCUUUGCUGAUGCUCGGAGCUUGCGCAGGGGCCACGCAACAAUCACAUUGCAGAUGGGCGCCCGAGUUCCCCAAAUCACCAUCGAGUCGUCAGGUUGCCCCCGAGCCCAACUUGCACAGAUGUUUCAGAUGUUGGAUAUUCUUCGAAGCAGUUUUUGGUGGACUCGUGCGGCGAGCUGUUCUCGAUGGAUGUGAGGGAUGCAAAUGCGUUUGUGCAGUUGUCGAGAUCGUGUGCCCUGCGGUUUCCUGUGGGCAGGCACAGCGCUGGGAGGAGGUGGCGCUGGAGGAGGCAGAGCGGCCCGCGCCCAGAGGUGCUCACUCGGCGGUGUGCGACCCGAAGUCGCACAGCAUCGUGGUCUUCGGUGGUGCCGCGCUGAGCUUCGCCUGGAACCCUGCAAUGUGCCGAUGCAGUCGGACUUAUACAUACCUAUACAAUUUCAAAUCCCAAAACUGGCAAGGGCCAGGAUGA